UUAGCAUUUAACAUUUCAGUUAAUUUCUAACCAGGAAAAGCCCAGUCUCUUCGUGGUGGGCCACCCCACCCCCCUACAGAACCAUGUCCAAGUACCUGAGGCAUUUCACCACGGUGGGUGAUGACCACACAGCCCAUUGGCACGAUGAGGGGCUGCAUGAGGCUAGAGAGGAGCUGGGACCAGCCACAGGACAGCUGCCCCACAGGGAACUCACCUUCAGAGACUCCCUGAAGAGACUCUACAGCUCCGACAGAUUCCAGAUAGCUGUGGUGUGCCUGGUCAUCCUGGAUGCCAUCUUUGUGCUGGGCGAGCUACUGAUCGACCUAUCAAUAAUCAAGUUGGCGCAUGGGCACAUUGCCCCUCAGGUCUUCCACUACCUGAGUCUGGCUCUUCUCACCUUCUUUAUGGUGGAGCUGGCUGGAAAGCUCUUUGCCUACCGGCUGGAGUUCUUCCAUCACAAGUUUGAGGUGUUUGACGGGCUGGUGGUGAUUGUGUCCUUCAUCCUGGACAUUGUGUAUAUCGCCAGUGAAGAUGCCUUUGACGGCAUGGGCCUCCUGAUCCUCCUCAGGCUCUGGAGGGUGGCCAGGAUAGUCAACGGAAUCCUGGUGUCUGUGAAGACACGGGCCGAUCAAAAAGUUCACAAGCUGAAGGAGAGCAACGAUCAUCUGGUCCAGCAAGUUAACGACCUACAAGAGCACAAUGGCAAGAUGGAACAAGAGAACAAUAAACUACGAGCUCUCCUCCGACAGCAUGCCAUUGAGUUCUGAUUCAGGAAGAGGAACAUGAUGCCGUUUUCAUUAUCCUCUUAUAGUGUCAUUGGAAUUGUUCAAUAAACAAGUAAGGGUAUAUUCUAAAAAGUGUUCACCAUCCAUACACCAUUUGUGUGAGUAAUUCCACCAUGACAGGAGCUUACACUGAUAGAUACUAGCCUGGUCCUAGAUCCGUUUGUACUCUUGCCAACUCAAUUGUUGUCAUUGUCAAGCCAAACCUUUGGCAUGACAAUGAGUGAAAAUAAGUUGGUAUGAAAGCACAAACACACUAGCGCUCAGGCUAGAUAGAUUCCACAUCAUGAGCCAAUGUUAGGUCAACCUUCCAACCAUUAUCUGCAUAUUUAAUUGAUUAGUAGGAUUCAUAUCAUAUGCCAGUAUCCUGCUUUGUAAUAAACAAAUCUAAUUUGA